CAUCACUCUCCCACCCUCUCUCAUCGCUCCCUCUCUCUCUCAUUCACUCACUCACGACUGCACAAUAAAGGGAUCUUUGAAAAAAUUCAAGGGAGAGAGACGUGCGAGAGAGAAGGGGAGGAGGAGAGAGAGGGGAGGGGGGAACGGCGUAUGCUUGUAUACAACAACCCCGAUUUCCAUUUUUUCCCAACUCGUAAUGUAUUUAAUUCAAGUGAAACGUAAUCAUGACGUGUAGCGUCAUUAAUCUCCUCGCCGCCUCUCCCGGAGCUGUAGCAGGGGCUCAGAAGGACUGGAAUCGCUGUAUCUGUUCCUCCCUCUGCAAACAGACCGGAGCAUGUCACACUCACUCUAAAGAGUAUGGAUUCCCCUCCGGAGUGUGUGCUGGCUCUGUCCUGUGACCCACCCCAGAUGUCCCCCCCCCUCCCCGCCCUGGACCACAGCCCCCUCCCCACCUUGGACCACAGCCCCCUCCCCCUGCAGCACACCCCACCCUCCCCCCAACCGCACCGUGACCAUGACGAUGAGCCGGAGCAGGAGGAGGAGGAAGAGGAGGAUGAAGAGGAGCUGUCGCCCCCCCCGUCCCCGCUGUUCCCGGGCGGGGGGCUGGGCGGGGGGCCGGGCGGGGGGCUGGGUUUCGGAGCUCUGGAGCGUGCCCUGUGCUCCAGUCAGGACCCCCGGAGCAGCGCAGAGCUGGACCUGCAGCUGUUCCACAACGGCCGGCCGGCCGGGGCGGGGCAAGAGGGGGCGGGGCAGGGGGCGGGGCUGCAGCUCAGGUUCCCCUGUAAAGUGUGUGGGAAGAGGUUCCGUUUCAACAGCAUACUGUCUCUGCACGCCCGAGCCCACACUCUGGACCGCGAGCGCGAACGCGAGCGCCACCACAACCCCAACCCGCCGCUGGAGACGGGGAGUCCCGUCGGCCUGCCCACCCUCAGCCCGCCUGCUGUGACCCCGCCCCCGCCCCUCACAGAGGGGGCCGUGCCCCUCGCCCCCGCUGAAGACCCCGCCUCUCAGGUGGCGUCCUCGUUCCGCUGCCACGCCUGCAAGGGGAAGUUCCGCACGGCCGGAGAGCUGUCCCGGCACGUCCGCAUCCUGCACAACCCCUACAAGUGCAGCAUGUGCGCUUUCUCCGCCAGCCAGGAGGAGGCGCUGGCCGCGCACCUGCAGGAGAGCCACGCCCCUGAGAGCCCUGGCCCCGCUCCCGGCCCCGCCCCCCUGCCGCUCCCCCUGCCCGCGUUCCGCUGCGACACCUGCGGACAGCGCUUCACGCAGUCCUGGUUUCUGAAGGGCCACAUGCGCAAGCACAAGGCCUCCCUUGACCACAAGUGUCAGGUGUGUGGGCGGGGCUUCAAGGAGCCCUGGUUCCUGAAGAACCACAUGAAGGUGCACCUGAACAAGCUGGGCCUGAAAGCGGGCGGGGCCUCAGGAGCCGGGGCCUCAGGGGGCGGGGCCUCAGGGGGCGGUGCCGGGGAGCAGAGCAAGGCCCCCCCCAGGAGCCAGGCGUUUGGGGCGCUGUACUCCAGCCUGCUCCUGGCGCGUGGGGGCGGGGCCAGGGCGGGGCCUGGGGAGGCCGGAGAGCCCAGUAAGGCCUCGCUGCUGAGUUACCUGGGGUUGCCAGGCGACGGGGGCGGCAGCUGCAUGGAGAGGCUGCAGGCUGUGGCGCAGGUGGCUGAGAGGGGCGGGGCCAGCGCUGGGGGCGGGGCCAGCAUGGGGGCAGGGGGAGCAGCUGUCUGGCAGCUGGUGGCGCGUAGUUUAGCCUCCAGCCAGCAGGGGCAGCAGCGCGUACAGAAGAGCUCGGUGGCCGGCGAGGCAGAGCAGGUGCGUGCGUACCUGGAGGGCCUGCUGUCGCGAGCCGACGCCCGAGCCGACGCCCCUGCCGCGCCCUGGGAGUGCCCGGACUGCGGGAAGCUGUUCGGCUCGCUGCCACAGGCUAUCGCUCACGCACGUGUGCACACCCACAGACCCCACAGGGAGGAGCCCAGGAAACCUGGCCAUGCCCCCAAAACCCCCGCACCCCACACCCCAAAAACAACCGCCCCUUUACUGCACCCUGCUGGAGGAUUACACUCCGGCAUCAGCCACAACCAAGGUGAGAAUGGAUUACGGGCAGGCUCGGUCAGAGAGAGGGUGAGGGGGACAGGUGUGAAAGACUGUCCGUACUGCGGAAAAGCAUUCCGCUCCUCUCACCACCUGAAGGUACACCUACGAGUGCAUACAGGUGAGAGGCCCUAUAAGUGUCCACACUGUGACUAUGCUGGCACACAGUCUGGGUCUCUGAAGUACCACUUGCAGAGACACCACCGUGAGCAGAGGAACUCUGCGCCCCCCUUAGCCUCUUCCCUGCCCCCCAGCCCCCGCCACCGGACUCCCCAGGAGGGUCCCUUCAGUAGGGCAGAGAACAGCGCUGACCUCGCCCCCAGCCCCGCCUCCAGACACGCCCAGGCGUGGCCCCGAGAGCGCAAGGCAGGCGGGCCCCAGAGGGGCGGGGCAGACCUAGAGGGCUUCCCGUAUUCCAUGGGGGCGGUGGCGGGGGGGUUCCCCAGGGGGGGGCAGAGGGGGUGGGGCAGGGUGCCCCCGGCGAAGCCGCCCAAAACGUCGCGGCGCAAAGCGCUGAGCACCACGCGGCUGCCGCCCCACGGGGACGCCUUCGAGCCCCUGGACCUGUCCCGCCGCCCCGGCCUGGAGGGAGGGGGCGGGGUCACGCUCAGCCAGUGCCUGUUCUGCCCCUUCCGCACGUCCUCCGCCGAGCUCAUGGCCAUGCACCUGCAGGUCAACCACACCAGCAAGUCCCGCCGCAAGCGCGUCUCCCCCGGCAACGCGCCCCCGCCGCCCCCCCGGCCCCUGGCCCUCUGGACCUCCUGCAGUAACUGGGCUGCCAGCAGGGCGGCGACAGCCAACGGCUUCUCACUGCAGGAGGAGGGCCCCAAAAGCCCAGACCCGCCCCCAAACCCCCGCAGCUGCACAGCGGGGGCCAGCACGGGCCCACAGGAGGAGGAGGAGGAGCAGGAGGAGGAGCAGGAGCAGGAGGAGGCGAUGGAGGAGGAGGAGAUGGAGGAGGGGGAGAAGAACAUUAGUUCCCUUGGCGAUCUCCCAGGGGAAGAGGAAGAUAGGGUCCUGGCUCCACCCUCCCCCUCCCACAUGUGUGAGGAGGCUGAGUGAGGGGGGGGGGGUGAUGGGAGGGGUUUAGUGUUCUGCAGGAGGCACAUGGACCAUAGCAGUACCCCCCCAUCUAGUCUGAUAGGCUGCUGUACACACGCAGAGGCAGAUCUGCAGUUUCAUUGGUCUUCAACUCCUGUGCUUCCUCAACCCAGUAUUGACAAACAGGAGCUUCCCCAGUACACCAACAAUCAAAUAAAGUAACAGUGCAUUAUUGGAAACAGGAAGAACAUGACAGAAGGGUGAUAUUCAUUAGAGCCUCUGUGUGUGUGUGUGCGUAUGUGUGUGUGUGCGUGCGUGCGUGUGUGUGAGUGUGUAUGUUUGCAAGUGUGAGUGUCUGUAUGUGUAUGCACGUGUGUGUGUGUUCAUGUGUGUCUGUGUGUGUGCAUGUGUGUAUGCCUGCGUGUCUGUGAGUGGGUGUGUGUACGUGUGUGUGUGUGUGUGUGUGAAUGUGUGUGUGCGUGAGUGUGUACGAGUAUGUAUGUGUGUGUGUGUAUGUGCAUGUGUGAGUGUGUGUGUACGAGUGUGUGUGUAUGCGUGUGUGUGUGUGCAUGUGUGUGUGUGUGUACGAGUGUGUGUGUAUGUGUGUGUGUGUGCGUGUGUGCAUGUGAGUGUGAGAGUGUGUGUGUGUGUACGUGUGUGUGAGUGUGUACGUGUGAGUGUGUGCAUGUGUGUGUGUGUGUGUGUGUUUGUGUGUGCAUGUGUGUGUGUGUGUGUGUGUGUAUGUGUAGUUAGGUGACUGUUUCUCAGCUCAAAGGGCUUCCAUUCUCCCAAACUGUGAAAAAGCAUUUCCCCAACAAAGUGGAAAUAAAACCCAGCGUAACCCUGACAACGCUGCAUAACCCUAACAACGCUGUGUAACCCUGACGACGCUGCGUCACCCUGGCAGCCUCUGCAGCAUUGGGGUGGGGUACCCAUGCUGCACCUGUGUGAGGAUGCUGCGGGGGUCAGCAUCAGCACCCGGGGUCCAGCCCAGACGGGACAUUUCUGUUUAACUGUGGAGUAGGGAGGGAAUAUUUCUGUUUACAUCAGGAAUGCCAGGAUUUGGCAUGAGCCAAUAUCCCAGCAUGCUCUCUGACCGUACCUGAGGACAGUUUUACCC